UCUGCUACAUCUGGUAGUAGUAUCCGUCAGCGGCCAUAUGUAAUUUAACCUCAUUCAUUCAUUUUCAGAAACACUUUAGUUAUUUCUGUUUACACCAAACUACAUUUUCUUCGGGUGGACAGCUGCGUAUUUCCCUGUGCCCCGUCGUUCUUUUGGACGUUUAUCGGUUUAUGCCUCGGUGACUGUCCGUUGCAGGCUGGGUGGUGACAGCACAGUACAAUGAUCGAGCGACCAGAAACUGCGGUUGCCAGCAUCGCUCAGCGGAACCUGGAGGGCUAUGUGGGCUUCGCGAAUCUCCCCAACCAGGUGUACCGGAAGUCGGUCAAAAGAGGCUUCGAAUUCACAUUGAUGGUUGUAGGUGAAUCCGGUCUUGGUAAAUCAACACUCAUAAACUCCCUGUUCCUGACCGACUUGUACUCCAAGGAUUACCCGGGGCCGUCCCAGCGCAUCAAGAAGACUGUGCAGGUGGAGCAGUCCAAAGUGCUGAUCAAAGAAGGAGGGGUCCAGCUGACACUCACUAUUGUCGAUACACCCGGGUUUGGAGAUGCGGUGGACAACAGCAAUUGUUGGCAGCCUGUUAUAAACUACAUCGACAGUAAGUGCGAGGACUUCCUGAACGCAGAGUCGAGGGUCAACCGCAGAUCGAUGCCAGACAACAGAGUCCACUGCUGCCUAUACUUCAUCGCACCCUCUGGUCACGGACUGAAGCCACUGGACAUCGAGUUUAUGAAGAGACUCCAUGACAAAGUCAAUGUCAUUCCUCUUAUUGCAAAAGCCGACACUCUGACCCCAGAGGAGUGCCAGCUUUUUAAGAAACAGAUAAUGAAAGAGAUACAGGAGCACAAAAUCAAAAUUUAUGAAUUCCCAGACACAGAGGAUGACGAGGACAACAAGCUCAUCCGAAAGAUCAAGGAGAAGAUGCCACUGGCAGUGGUCGGCAGUAAUGUGGUAAUCGAGGUGAACGGGAAGAAGGUCAGAGGUCGUCAGUAUCCAUGGGGCGUGGCAGAAGUGGAGAAUGGGGAACACUGUGACUUCACCGUGCUACGCAACAUGCUCAUUAGGACCCAUAUGCAAGACCUUAAAGAUGUCACCAACAACGUCCACUACGAGAAUUACCGCAGUAAGAAACUUGCUGCCGUCACCUGUAAUGGAGUGGAUACUUCCAAGACCAAGGGACAGCUCACCAAGAGUCCCCUGGCACAGAUGGAGGAGGAGCGGAGGGAACACGUGAUGAAAAUGAAGAAGAUGGAAGCAGAGAUGGAGCAGGUCUUCGAAAUGAAGGUUAAAGAAAAGAAACAGAAACUGAAGGACUCAGAGGCUGAGCUGGAGCGACGCCACGAACAGAUGAAAAGGAACCUGGAGGCACAGUACAAAGAGCUGGAGGAGAAGAGACGAGUGUUUGAAGACGAGAAGGCCAACUGGGAAGCUCAGCAAAGAAUCCUGGAGCAGCAGAAACUGGACGCCUGCAAGACGAUGGAAAAGAACAAGAAGAAAGGAAAAAUCUUUUGAAGAGAGACGUGACCUGUUCUCAAUCUUUUUUUCUGUUCUUCAUCCCUCUCUGAAGUUCACAUCAACUGUGGCCCUCAGAACACACGAAUAAACCAGACAUAGUAUAACAUUCCUCUGUGUUACAUUUCACAUACACAACACACAUACACAUACACACCCACAGACACACACACACACAUAAGUAACUGACCACAGCAGCUCACAUGCUCGUCUCUCUGCAGGGUUAUUACUGUAUCUGCCGAGGCUGUUUUCAUUUUCCUGGGGGAAUGCAUGUGUUUGUGAAAUUCUAUUUUCCUAUUUUCCCCCUGACAAAGAGGAGAAAACCCUUGAGUUCCUCUGAGCUACGAGUUAACACAUGGCAGGGACCAUGCAUAGCCAUUUGUACACAUGUAGUAGUAUCUGUGUGUGUUCUCUAGAUAUUCAUAGAUCUGCAGAUAGAUCCCUGUCUUCUACACUCUUUCAUUUAUCAUUCUCAAACAUUUAACACAAGUGUGCGCACACUAUACCACUCAUAAGUCCUCAUAAGACCUCAUUGAGAGUGUGUGUUAGGAGAGGAGAAUUGUGAUUGAAGGUAUAAUGGUAUCAGUUGCAGCUGAGGAGGGACGAUAUGGGGAGAAGUCAGGUAGGAUUAAGGCCUGGUCACACCAGAAACCCUGACUUUGUGACAUAUUUGGUUUGGUUUAGCCAGUAAUCUUCUGUAGCUGGUGAGCUAACCGCUAACACACUAGCAGGACAGGAACAUGCUAGCGCUUUUUUGAGCUUCUAUUUUCUCUAUACUGUUGGUUUACCCAGAAUUGUACAUUUCAUUUAAGAGUUAUUGAAGAAGCCGGGGGGGGGGGGGCACUUUCACCUUUUUAAAUGCUGGUGUGACCGGGCCUGUAGAAAGGACUAAGAGUACAGAAGCAGGUGUGUGUAAGAGCAAGUGUGUUAUGGUAAAGGCUGUGUUUGAAGUCAUGGAUACAGUCUGAUUUAAAUUGCUUGGACAGAAGAAGUGAGAUAAGAAUUGAGUGUAACAGCAGCCAGAAUAUUGUCAUCGCAAUGUGUGUGUUUCCUGUUUGAGUAGAGGACAAUAUGCAAAAGCCUCAUCAGUGUCUACAACUUUACAGGUUUCAAUGAUUUUACAAAGAUGUUUUAUAUUGUAACGUGUGAAGUGAUGGGUGUUGUAAAAGACCUUGAACCCUGAUGUCCAGAUUUUUGUGAUAUUUUCUCUUUGGCUGCAAUGACCAAAGUGGACAAUUAAAAAGUGGAACUACUCCUUUAACUUUCUUUCCUCCCUGGAUUCUACAGAAAGCAAACUUUUCAGAGAAGUCUGCCAUAGCUUUAGCUCUGACUUCACUGUCAAAUAUUACACAUAGAAGCUUCCACACAAAACUAAACAUUACUCCUCUGCUUUCCUGAAUAUGUCCAGGUUGGAAGCAAAGCAGAGUCAGAAAGCUGCACACUGUGCAACAGGUUUGAACCUUUAAUAUACUUUUCCCAGAGUUGUCAUGUUUUAUUUUCAUAUGAUGAUGAUGAUAAUAGUAUGUGUACGGUUGAAGAAUGACUCCUUCUUUCCCUUGUAGUUUUUCUUAAAUAACUCAUAGAUGAAUCUGUUAUUUUAGUAUAGUUUUCCAGACUGCCUGCAGUCUUCAUGAUGCAUUUAAAACAACAUGCUAAAGGGACAAAAACCUUACACCUUCAGCACAGAAAAUAUUAGCUGUAUGGAUUUGUUCAUAUAUUGUGUACAUACUGGAGGCUGCUCAGUGGCCUUUUUUUUUCUUGAGGUUUUUUUGUUUGUGCUUUCAGAAUACUAUAUGCCAGGAAUAACAGCAGAACUUAAUGUGUAAAACAUGUCUUAAGAAUCAGUAAAUACAUUUCCAUGCAUUUAUACUCUCGCACACAUACAUAUUACAUAUAUCUAUGCCAAUGGUUACACCUUCUCAGGACCGCUCCGUUAUACUAGAUUUUCCCCGAGAAAAGCAAUUCUGUGGUCCGACAAGUUGUUUUUUUUUAAGUGACUGAGUUUUUCUUGCUUGUGAACCACUCGCCCUUCCAAUAACACCAAGUUAAGAUAGAUAUAAGUUUAGGUGGAAUUUUUUUGUAAUAUUUACUUUUUUUUAUAUAUGUACACUGUUUUCUGCUUCUCUUCUUUGUUUUAUCAAGUGUUCUGUCUCUAACUGUACAUGGUUAAUAUUAAAGUUGACAACGUUACGCUUUAAC